UUAAGAAGUCUACUUUAUUUUUGUUUCUUCCCAUAUAUUUUAUCUCAUAGACACUUCCACAAUGUCGUUGGUUCACUUGGCCAAUCUUUGUGCCCAUCUCAAAAACUGUAUGAAUGUGAAUAUCGCAUCGACCUCAGUACCAUUCACCAGAUUGCACUUGCAAGUAGCUGUAGGUUUGUACAAAGAAGGAUUUAUUUCUUCUCUUCAAAAAGGAUCUACAGCUGGUCCAGACUUGAAGGCCGUGGAUGUCACCCCAGACAACAUUUCUACCAGAAGAUUGUGGCUCGGGUUGAAGUACCGUAAUAACCAGCCUGUUAUCAGAGAUAUAUCGUUGAUUUCCAAGCCAGGACGGAAAGUGAACUUGACGACAGAAGAAGUCAAGGCUUUGGCCUCUGGAUUGGCCGUCAGAUUUAUCAAACCUUUGCAACCAGCGGAAUGUAUAUUUAUUAAGUGUAACGAAGAAGUGUACGAAGUCCAGGAGGCUGCGAAGAGACACUUGAAUGGUUUAGCAUUGUAUAGAGUGAAAUGAUUCACGAGAGAGAAUAAGGACUGUGCUGCUGAGUUGAAGACUUUGAUCCAUCUCAUUGUAUAUAGUUCAUCGGGAAGAGAAGGCUACACUGGGUACACAGUUCGAAUGGUGUGGUAUGUAUUGGUAAUAAAUCUGUUAUCGU